UUCGUGCAGGGACAUUCUUGUAGACAUUUAAGAUGGCGACUUAAAGGAAUAUCGUGUUCUAGGGUUAUAUUGACACUUUCAGCAACAGUUUACCUGCUGUGUAAGGUCGCCCAGGAGCACCCUUGCCGCCCUGAGUGGCAGCAGUCUCAAUGGAGACAUCGGAUGGUCACAGCCCUUGAUGGGAGCCAGGUCUCCUUGGCUGUGGUGACUGAGAUGGCUCUGAGGGCAGCCUGGUUUCCUUGGCAAUGGUGAGAGGGCCUGUUUGGCAUGAGAGGUGGUCGAGAAGAGGCAAAGGCCAGAGCUUGAAGAGCCUUAUGGGAUUUGGAGUUUAUUUUAUUAAGAAAUGUUUUUAGGCACAAUGGGGGGCCGUUAGAGGGUCCUCAGGGGACUUUGAGUACAAAUGGUUCAAGUUCCUGAGGUGCCUUGGAAGAAAGGCCUGGCAAUCUGCUUCUGAAAAGUCAGCCAGUGAACACCCUAAGGAGCACAGUUCUAUUCUGACACAUACAGGGUCACCACGAGUCAGACUGAUUGGAUAGCCACUGAUUAGUACGGAGUGGUUUAAUGGAAUUUGUCUAAAGAGGCUCACUCUAGCUGUUGGCUGGAAACUGAGGCAUCAGGCAGGAACGGAAGCAGCCAUUGCAGUGUCCUGGAGAAGCACGGAGGUGGCCCACAUUGUGUGACAACAGUCAGGAUCAGGCUUUGGCGUAGCCGGAUGUGAGAAAUACUGACGGGUCUUAGUGACCCUUUGUAAGUAGAAGGCGAGGAGAAAGGAAUCAAGUGUGAUUUCUGGAUUCCCGUCCUGAGCAGGUGGAUGUGCUGUGCCGGGGGUCACCGCUGUGGAAACAAGGGUUUGCUCUUACCUGCUCAGGAGAUCUGUGCUGCGCCCCGGCUGUUCCCAGACAGCCCCCGGGAGGGGCAGGUGAGGCAGGGACUGCUGGGUGACUGCUGGUUCCUGUGCGCCUGUGCGGCCCUGCAGAAGAGCCCACGCCUCCUGCAGCAGGUCAUUCCCCCGGGACAGCCCAGCUGGCCGGACCCGGCGUACCGGGGCUGCUUCACCUGCUGUAUCUGGCAGUUUGGACACUGGGUGGAGGUGACCGUGGAUGACCGCCUGCCUUGUCUCGCGGGGAGGCUGUGCUUCUCCCGCUGCCACAGCGAGGACGUGUUCUGGCUGCCCCUGCUGGAGAAGCCCCAGCAAGGAACAUGUUUGCCUGUAUUUGUUUGGAACAUGAGGACAGGCCUCUCGCACAGGGUCCAUGGGUCCUACGAGCACCUGUGGGCAGGGCAGGUGGCAGAUGCCCUAGUGGACCUGACUGGCGGCCUGGCAGAAAGGUGGAACCUGAAGGACUUAGCAAGGGCCAGUGACUCCCAGGACAGGCCCGGCAGCUGGGGACACAGGAACUUGCGGCAGCUGCUCCACCUGAAGGACCAGUGCCUGCUGAGCUGCUCGGUGCUCAGCCCCAGAGCAGGAGCCCAGGAGCUGGGGGAGUUCCACGCCUUCAUCGUCUCAGACCUCCAGGAGCUCAGGGGGUGUGCUGGCGAGGAUGUCCUGCUGCUCCGUGUCCACAAUCCCUGGGGCCGGCCGUGCUGGCGGGGGCGCUGGGGAGAGGGGGGUGAAGGGUGGAGCCGGGUCGAGGCAGCGGCAGCCGAGGUGCUCUUAUCGCAGCUGCAGGAAGGGGAGUUCUGGGUGGAGGAGGAGGAGUUUGUCCGUGAGUUUGACGAGCUGACUGUCGGCUUCCCGCUCUCGGAGGACGGCCAUCUGCAGAGCCUCCACUCAGGAAAGGCGCUGGGCCAUACCCAGGCGCUGUCCGGGGCCUGGGUCAGAGGGCAGUCGGCCGGAGGGUGCCGGAACAACAGCAGCUUCCCCACCAACCCCAAGUUCUGGCUGAGGGUCUGGGAGCCAAGCGAGGUGUGCCUGGCCGUCCUGCAGAGGCCCAGGGGGCGUGUGGCGGUCCGGGCGGGGGACCACCGUGCUGCUCAGGGCCCAGCCAGCCUCCCGGGCAAGGGUCUCCAGGCUGUGGGCCUGCACAUGUGGAAGGUCGAGAAGCGGCGGGUCAGCCUGCCCCGCGUCCUGUCUGCGCCCCCUGCAGCUGGCACCCCAUGCCACGCGUAUGACCGGGAGGUCCAUCUCCGCUGUGAGCUCUCCCCAGGCUACUACCUGGCUGUGCCCAGCACCUUCCUGCAGGACAUGCCGGGCCACUUCCUGCUCCGGGUCUUCUCUUCUGGGAAGGUCUCCCUCAGUGCCAUCAAGCUGGCUUCCAGGAGCCCGGCCCCUGGAGGCGCACUCCCUGCGGGGGAGUGGGAGACAGUGCUGCUGCAGGGCUGCUGGCGGGCCGGACAGACAGCGGGCGGCAGCAGGAACUUCGCCUCCUACCCCAGCAACCCCUGCCUCCCCUUCUCCGUGCCCACGGGUGGGGGCACCCGCUGCGUCCGCAUCACGCUGCGCCAGCACUGCCAGGACGGCACCUGUCACCCCAUCGGCUUCCACGUCUUCCAGGUUCCAGGGGGCGGUGAGAGCCAGGACAAGCCCUCCCCGCUGUGCCAGGAGCCACUGUCCAGCUGUGUGCCUCACCGCCAUGCCCUGGAGGUGAGCCAGCUGUGCCGUCUGCCUGCGGGCACCUACAGGGUUGUGCCCUCUACCUACCUGCCUGACACAGAGGCGGCCUUCACUGUCACCAUAGCGACCAGGAUAGACAGGCGGUCCCUCCAGAGUCAGGAGAGCCUGGGCCAGUUCCUUCAGGAGGCCUCCUUCACGGCUGUGAUGAAGACCUAAUGAGAUGACCGUGUGUCUGCUCGAGUGACCGGGCUGCUACCCACCCUCUGCUAGGCCCAGAACGCCUGUGCACAGUGCCCCCGCCUCGGCACUGUGGGGCCUGUGCCUGACGGUGUGAAGGAUGUGCCACCCUGGAGAGCGGUGAUGGGCCCCAGGGCCUGGGGAAAGGGAACUUCCACAGCUGCCCAGAAGGCCCUGGGGCUCAGCAGGGCCUGGGGGAGAGGCAAGAGCCUCAGCGCAGAGCCCCCGAGCCCAGACAGGAGCUUCAUUGUAACCCCCUGACCGUCUCGUUGACUGGAGAAAGGCCUUACGCCAGACAAGAGCAUUUUGAAACAAACCUUGUCUUAAUGUUUAAACCAAAACCUGUUGCCGUUGAGUCGAUUUCGACUCAUAACGAUCCUAUAGGACAGAGUAGAACUGUCCCAUAGGGAAUCCAAGGUGGAUUCAAACUGCCGACCUUUUGGUUAGCAACCGGGCUUUUAACCAUUGCGCCACCAGGGGAAGCAUUUUUAAGAGGUAAUUUUGUAAAUAAACAAGUAGACACUGGGCA